AUGAGCCUCGAUAUGUUCAAUGAAGAAAUGGAGAACAUGUUCUACCUCAACAAAAUCAAUAUGAGUCACGGAGCCACUCCACAACACCUCCUCAACGCAGCUGGUUUCACUGGUGGAUGGGAUCUGGAAAAACUCUUUGUUCAAAAGUCGAUGCGCGUUCGUCCUCUUUACUGUGAAGAAAACGGAGUGAUGAUGGAGAUUUGUGUGCCCUCGAUUAUGGAUCGUUUCUAUGGAGAUGUUGAACAGAUCAUUGACAUUGGAACGUUCAACAUUGAAAAUAAGAGCUUCUCUCAUAUGAACGCUCCAACGCAAGCAAUCAACACUCGAAAAGAUGGAAAAUUGAUCAGUUUCAAUGAUGAGACUUGCAUGAAUCCGUUCGAGCUCGGUUUUGUGUGUUCGGCCGAAGCAAUGAACUCGUGCAAUGUGGCGACUUUUGAGGAUUGUCCUCUUGUAAACGUGCAAAUCACCACGAAUUUUACCUACAUUCGUGAUUUCUCCACUUUCUAUUUGGUCGCCACUUUGGAAAAGGAAGGCCACUUGCUCAACUCGACCGGUGAUUCGAAACUUGUCACUUUGCCCGCAAACAUUUUCUUGGUGGCUGUCGGUGAUGGAGAAACAGUGGUGAUUGGAGAAGAAAAGAUGGAACCAAUCAAGGGCACAAAAUUCAGCAAAACUACUUUCAUCAACGUUAACGAAUUGGCUGAACCCAAGCAAAUGGAGACUCAGGCAAAGAAGAAUUUCAUCCAAAAAAUGUUCAGUUUCUUCGGGAAA